AUGUCAUUGAAAGAUAGCUAUCUAGAGCUCGAGUCAAAAUUAAUAAAAAAAUUACAAGAAUUACCAUAUGUUCAUCAGUUUGUCCACGAUCGAAUAAGCGGUAGAAUCACUCUUUUUUUAAUGGUAGUCGGUACGCUUGCAUUUUUCAACGAACUUUAUAUAACCAUUGAGAUGAGUCUUUUACAAAAAAAUACAUCCGAGGAACUAGAGCGCGGAAGAAUCGAUGAAGGUUUAAAGCUUCACAGGAUGCUAGUCAGUGAUGAAUAUCACGGUAAAGAGUACAAAGACGAAAAAAGCGGGAUUGUCAUUGAAGAGUUUGAGGACCGCGAUAAGUUUUUUGCGAAGCCUGUGUUCGUUUCAGAGCUAGAUGUGAAUUGUAAUGUUAUUGUAGGUGGCAAAGAAAUUUUGUCCACUCCAUUGAAAUUCCAUGUGGAGUUUUCACCAGAAGAUUACGAAAAUGAAAAAAGACCGGAAUUUGGAACUAGUCUGCAUGUGUUAAGACUAAGAUUGUAUCAUUAUUUUAAAGAUUGUGAAAUAUACCGUGAUCUGAUUAGGGAUAAAGGUAUUGAUGAGACAAGAAAGUUCACAAUUUCCAACGGUGUUAAAAUCUACAACCACAAAGAUGAACUACUGCCAUUGAAUAUUGAUGAUGUUCAGUUGUGUUUUCUGAAGAUCGAUACGGGAAAUACGAUAAAAUGUGAGUUUGUAUUAUGA